AUGGGCGAACAUAAUCUCCUUAAUCCUGGGUUUGUGGGACCGUUGGUGAACAUCCAUACGGGAGACACCUUCUACUUUCCCAAUUUCCGAGCCUCCGGAGGACAACUACCCGGCUUGCCGUCUCUCUCCUACCCAAGACGGGACAAUGUCUGUUCUUUGCCCUGGGCAUCCUCGGAGCCCUGCAACGGAUAUCCCCAGCCCUACCUCAGCAGCCCCGUGUCCAUUAACCCUUCCUUCAGCCGAGCCUGCGACCUAGCUAGAGUGGAAGAGAGCAAGUGCUACUAUAGGGAGGCGUGCUCGGAGAACGCGCCCCUCAAAAGGGAAGAGAGAGUUAGGGACGCUGCCUUGAUGCCCCUCGAGUCGGGCAUCCCCCACGGAAUGAGCGGCAAUUUCGGCAAAUUUGAUUAUCCUGCUCCUGAGGCGGCGGUGUCCCAUGACCCCCCUUCUUGUCAGUCGUUGGAGUCAGACUCCAGCAGCUCUUUGCUCAAUGAAGGGAACAAGGGCGCAACCAACGAGCCGUCCGCACUGGUCUCCCCUCUCAACCAAGGAAACAAUCUGUCCGCUGGGGGUGCUCCCUGGUAUCCGAUGCACACGAGGUCCCGCAAAAAGCGAAAGCCCUACUCCAAGCUGCAACUAGCGGAGCUGGAAGGUGAAUUUAUGGUCAACGAGUUCAUCACCCGCCAAAGAAGGAGAGAGCUUUCCGACCGGCUAAACCUGAGCGACCAGCAGGUGAAGAUCUGGUUCCAGAACCGACGGAUGAAAAAGAAAAGACUUCUUUUGAGGGAGCAAGCGCUUUCUUUCUUUUAG